AUUCAAAAACGGUCACACUGGCACACAACGUGUUUACAAAACGUUGUUUAGUUAAUUUACCGCGAAUUACACAAAAUGGUUGAACUGGAGGGCUAUGUAGUGGUGCCGCUGCGCACGACGCCGAAGGCGCAACAUUGCCACAGUAUCUACAUGCGGGAGCACUUCAUCCGUCUGAUGGAUCCCAACAAACCGAAGGGACGCACACUCUUUCUGCUCAACGUGCCGCCCUACGUGACAGAGGACAGCCUGCGCACGGUCUUCGGCCGGGCGGGGAGCAUCGAGGCCGUGGAGUUCGCCGCCAAACCGGGCAAGGAGGAGACCAUCAAGUGGUACGAGGGCACCGGCGAACCCUUCUCCAACACUCGUCCGCCCUUCGUCUUCAAGGUGGCCUACAUAGUGUUCGAGAAGAACAGCAGCAUCGGCAAGGCGCUGGCACUAAAGAGCAUUGACCUGUUCAACAGCAGCGGCGAGUGCAUCGUCAAGACCGGCAUGGAGCUGUGGCACGAGGAGUACGACUGCAAUUACCUGCUGGAUGCGCAAAAGACGAAGCUACAGAUCAGCAAGUACAUGGCCGGCUACGACAAGAGGGAGCGAGCGGCGGCACAGGCGGCCAAGACCGGAGAGGCCGACGCCGACGGAUGGGUCACCGUCGGCAAGGAGGGUCGCAAUGCUGGCUUCGAGCAGAAGGCGUCCGUAAUUGGACGCCUGGAGGAGAAGGUGGCCAAGGGCAAUAAGACCAAGGAGCUAAAGAACUUCUACACCUUCCAAAUACGCGAGAGCAAGAUGCAGAAUAUCGUCGAGAUGCGCAAGAAGUUCGAGGAGGAAAAGCGAAAGAUCGGGCUGCUCAAGCAGUCGCGCCGCUUCAAACCAUUUUAGUCCGUACGCAUAGGUUAAGCAUCGAAUAAAACUUCUUUAUGACACCAGAACGACCCCGAAUGCAAGAUCCAGGAUCCAACGGUCCGACCGCAGAUAAAUCCUCAUAAAUUCGCCGAUGCCAUUGACACUGCCGCGACCGAAUCCUGACCAACGCCACGACCAAAUCCCACAGCAAUGCCAUAACUUAUCCCGACCGCAGUGAGGGGCAUAAAAGCUUAUAAAAAGCGAGCAACAAAAAAGGCCAGCGUGUGGAAUGGGGGGAUUGGAGCUCGUCCAACAGACCAACUGCGCUUAUUGUGUGAUAAUCACAUAUGGUUUAUGUUAAUUUGAGAAAUGAUAAAAAUAUUUCGCUUAUCAUCUUUAAUCAUAAUCGUCGCUGCGCCGUCGUCGCGCCCGAAACGCACUCUGCAACUCAGUCGCCCAGUCCGCGCAGCACGCGAUCAUCCCUCAUCCCCGAUCCGCGAAAGGUAUUGCUGGCUUAAUCCAGGUCCGGUUCUAUGGCGCUGUGUUCAUACCAAGGCAAUUGGUGGGAUGAAAUUUGGUCUUCCACCAUUAAGUUCUUUGACUUAAAAAUACUUUUACAUUAUACAUUAUUAUAAUAUAUUAUUGAAAAAAUGCCUUUCCGAUAUUUAAAGGCAUAAUAAAUUAACAUAAUCUU